UGCUGCAGUGGUAUGCUUGGGCUAUUUAUACAAAAAAUUGGGAAGAAUUUUGGGAAACAGUUUUACUGACACCGUUGGGAAUGUGCUUAAAGCAAUGAAGAAUUCUCAAGGUCGUUAUGAAAUCAUGCUUAGUUUGCAAAAUGUAUUAAAUGGUUUAGGAGCUGCUGCUUUCCCCUGUCAUAGAGAUAUUUACAAAGCUGCCCGAUCAUGUUUGACAGAUCGAUCCAUGGCAGUCCGCUGUGCUGCUGCAAAGUGUCUUCUUGAACUUCAGAAUGAAGCAGUAUUUAUGUGGAGUUCAGACCUGGAUAGUGUUGUGACCUUGUGUUUUAAAUCCUUUGAAGGUUCCAAUUAUGAUGUACGACUAGCAGUUUCAAAACUUUUAGGCACAGUAUUGGCUAGAGCUCUAACGUCUAAACAGACAACAGCAUCCACAAGGCAUAACUUCCGCAGAAUCUCUUUGGAAGAAGUGAUGGAGCUAUUGGGAACUGGAUUUCUGCGCGGAAGUUGUGGAUUUCUACGAGCCAGUGGCGAUAUGUUGAAAGGGACCAGUUCAGUCAGCAGAGAUGUUAGGGUUGGAGUCACCCAGGCAUAUGUGGUAUUUGUGUCUACAUUAGGAGCACAAUGGCUUGAAAGGAACUUCUCUGCCUUCCUUUCCCAUAUUCUAGAUCUCGUGUCUCAGUCUCACCCCAAGGCUAUUCAGAGUCAGAUGGAUGCUAUCGGCUGUCGCCGCUGUGUUUCAUUUAUCCUUCGAGCUACAGUAGGAGGCCUUCUUGGGGAAAAAGCUCAAAUUGCAGCUGCCAAGGAGAUUUGUCAGGCCAUCUGGAAACUGAAGAAAGUUGUGGAUGCUGCAAUGAGUGACAGUAACUUGGAAACAAGAAUUAGUACAACAGAUGUAACAGUAAGUCAGCAUGUGCUUGUGUGUGCACUUCAGGAACUUGGAAGUCUUAUUCAUGGCUUAGGAACUACAGCAGCACCCUUACUACAAGACUCCAGUACAGGAGUUUUGGAAGCAGUAAUUUCUGUCAUUCUUCAUCCCAGCAUUUCCGUCAGACUAAUAGCAGCUUGGUGUUUACGCUGUAUUGCAGUAGCAUUGCCCUCCUAUCUGUCCCUACUGUUGGAUCGUUGCAUUGAACGUCUUAGUGCAUUGAAAUCCUCCCCAGAAGCAGUAACAGGCUACAGUUUUGCUGUUGCUGCUUUGCUAGGUGCAAUAAAACACUGUCCUUUAGGAAUUCCACAUGGAAAAGGGAAG